ACCCUUGGGGUGGGUACUAGCGUUGGGGUAGGGUCACCUGGCCCUCUGAAUGUGACCCUCCACUUUAGUUUGUCCUUUUGGGGCACCUGUGGAUCAACUGUUGGAGCGAUGGGUGAGAGGUUAUGGUUAAUGCCGCCAAAAUUUUAGUCAGAAUUGUUUGUGACUCCUCGAGUGACGGUUUCACCCCACCAUUUUAUGACAAAAACCAGAAAUUUGUUAUUGUUUUUGGUUAAAAGUACUGAAAUAUCGAUUGAAAAACGAGUGCUGUGAGUUGACGAUAGAUUUUCAAUCGUGAAAAGUGAAUAAUUAACGUUGAAGACUUUAUUUUCUAAUUUUUUUUGGUGAAUUUUGGGGAGAAAAGCAGCAAAAAUGAGUGACUCCAGCUCUCCCCCUCGCGCCCGCCAGGACGCCCCCACCUCCCCCGCCCCCGACGUCGACGAGCCCUUCGAAAAUGAGGCAGACCUCCUCGGGGACGAUGCCCUCUCCCAAGACGACAUUCCCAACGAAGAAGCCGACGGCGAGGAGCUCUUCGGCGACAACAUGGAAGCCGACUAUCGCCCAAUGCCCGCCCUGGACCGUUACGACCAGGCCGUCAUGGACGACGACGACUACUCUGACCUCUCCCAGGGUGAUCGCGUCGCCGCCGAGGCCGCCAUGCGCAAGCGCGAUCGAGCCGCUGGGAUCUUCCGCGACGAUCGCGAUCUCCUUUACGAAGACUCCGACGAGGACGACACACAAGUGACGAAACGUCGACGAGCGGAGAAGGCGGCAGCCGGCGACGUCGGUGACGCCGAAAUGGUCGAGUCCAUCGAGAACCUGGAGGACACGAAAGGUCACAGCGUCAAGGAGUGGGUCCUCAUGCUGGGCCCCAGAACCGAAAUAACAAAUCGUUUCAAAAACUUCCUUCGCACCUACACCGACGCAAAGGGCCAGUGCAUGUACAAGGAACGCAUACGUCACAUGUGCGAGAGCAAUCAGUCGUCCUUCGUCGUCGAGUUUCCAGUCCUCGCCAGCAAGGAACACGUCCUCGCGUAUUUUCUUCCUGAAGCGCCAUUUCAGAUUCUCGAGAUAUUCGACGCAGUCGCCAAGGAACUCGUCCUUACGAUUUUUCCGAGUUAUGAACGUGUCACGUCGGAGAUUCACGUCAGGAUAUCAGAGCUACCACUCAUCGAGGAGCUCAGGACAUUCAGAAAACUUCAUCUUAAUCAACUCGUGAGGACACUGGGUGUUGUCACUGCUACCACUGGUGUCCUUCCUCAGCUGUCAGUUGUCAAGUACGAUUGUACCAAGUGUGGGUAUGUCCUGGGUCCCUUCGUACAGAAUCAGAAUAGUGAAGUUAAACCUGGAUCGUGUCCUGAAUGUCAGAGUCUUGGACCUUUUGUUGUUAACAUGGAACAAACGAUUUAUCGUAAUUAUCAGAAAAUCACUGUUCAGGAGUCACCUGGGAGGAUACCAGCUGGUAGGAUACCACGUAGUAAGGAUUGUAUACUCCUAGCUGAUCUAUGCGAUCGAUGUAAACCUGGGGAUGAGAUUGAUCUCACUGCGAUUUACACAAAUUCCUACGAUGGAUCACUCAAUACUGAACAGGGAUUCCCCGUUUUUUCAACUCUACUACUCGCUAAUCACGUGUUCGUGAAGGACUCGAAGGAAAUCGUGGAUUCCCUCACCGAAGAGGACAUCUCCAGCAUCAUCAAGCUGUCGAAGGAUCACAGGAUAGCUGACAGGAUCGUCGCCAGUAUUGCACCAUCAAUUUAUGGUCAUGAUUUUAUCAAGAGGGCCCUUGCCCUCGCCAUCUUUGGGGGUGAGUCGAAGAAUCCUGGGGGUAAGCACAAAAUUCGGGGGGACAUUAAUGUCCUUUUGUGUGGUGAUCCUGGUACAGCCAAGUCACAGUUUCUCAAGUACACGGAGAAGAUUGCACCAAGGUCGGUGUUUACGACGGGUCAGGGGGCGUCGGCUGUUGGAUUGACAGCGUAUGUCAGACGAUCACCGGCGACUAGGGAGUGGACACUUGAAGCUGGGGCACUUGUACUUGCUGAUCAUGGGGUGUGUUUGAUUGAUGAAUUUGAUAAGAUGAAUGAUCAGGAUAGAACGUCUAUUCAUGAGGCGAUGGAGCAGCAGAGUAUUUCUAUAUCGAAGGCGGGAAUUGUUGCGUCGUUGCACGCCAGGUGCUCUGUCAUCGCGGCUUCUAAUCCCAUUGGGGGAAGAUACGACGCCAGCAUGACCUUCUCCGAGAACGUGGACCUCUCCGAGCCCAUUGUCUCCAGAUUCGACAUCCUCUGCAUCGUCAAGGACGAGGUAGACCCCAUGCAGGACCGCCAUCUAGCAAAAUUCGUGGUAAACUCUCACAUAAAACAUCACCCCACCAACGAGGAGAGGACACUACCUGAGGAGCUCCACGACAACACACCAAGUGACACCCUGUCCAUUCCCCAGGACCUCCUGAAGAAGUACAUCGUCUAUGCGAAGCAGAAUAUUCACCCCAAACUGGCCAACGUCGACCAGGACAAGGUCGCCAAACUCUAUUCCCAGCUGAGGCAGGAGAGUCUGGCAACAGGAAGUCUUCCCAUCACUGUCAGACACAUCGAGAGCAUCAUCAGGAUGUCAGAGGCGAGUGCUAAGAUGCACCUGAGGGAUUACGUUCGUGAGGAUGACGUCAACUUGGCGAUUAGGAUGGCCUUGGAGAGCUUCGUGGACACCCAGAAGUACUCGGUGAUGAAGAGCAUGAGGCAGACGUUCCAGAAAUACUUGACGUACAAGAAAGAUCACAGUGAGCUGUUGUAUUACAUCCUGAGGCAGAUUACGUUGGACACUUUGGCGUUUCAAAAGGCUGUGAGGGGGACCCGGGUGAUGACUAUCGAGGUUCCUGAGAAGGAUCUGGUCGACAAGGCGAAGAGAAUUGAUAUUCAUAAUUUGCAGCCGUUUUAUGAGAGUCCAGUUUUCAAGAAUAAUAAUUUUGUUUAUGACAGCAAGAGACGUGUUAUUGUUCAGACACUUCCAGAUGCUGAGGAAUGAUUUGAUGAAAGGAUUGUGAAUAUUUUUAAUGUCUUUAAUAAAGUUUUUUUCUACAUCAA